CAAACGAAAACUGGAGUAAGUUCCAUUUCACUGAAAAGAGAAGUUAGUUUCAGUUCACGAAAGACAGGUACGGAGAAACAGCGACCAGAGCAAAGGGAAAUAAUUCUAGAAAAUGUCUUCCAACUCUACCAUCGUCUUCUUUGACCUGGAGACAACUGGAUUAGACACCAACAGGUGUCACAUCAUCCAGUUGUCUGCUGUCUGUGGAGAGAGGCUCUUUAACGUCUACACCCUCCCUUUCCGCGCUAUCAGCAAGCGCGCCACACGGGUUAAUGGCUUCACCGUUAGCAAUGGUGACCUGUUUCUCCGUGGGAAUCUUCUGUACACCACCCCUGUCUACGAGGCUCUCACCUCUUUUAUAGACUUCCUUCAAUCCUUUCACCGUCCUGUACUGCUGGCGGCCCACAAUGCGAAGGGCUUUGAUGCCCCUAUUCUCAACAGAGUGCUACAGUGGAACCACCUCCUGCAGGAGUUCCAGCAGGCGGUGUCUGGGUAUUUGGACACCUUACAGCUGAGCAAGUGGCUCUAUCCUGAUCUGUCUAGUCACUCCCAGCCGUUUAUGGUCAGUCACUUCCUUGGACGGUCCUACGACGCUCAUAAUGCUCUGGAGGAUGCCAGGAUGCUACAGGAGCUGUACAAGAUAUGGAAUCCUGAUCAAAAGAGCUUCUUUUUUACUGAAUCCCUAAUGUUAUAAAAAACACACCCCGAAAAACAUCUGAUUGAUAGAAAAUGACAGGCAAGUAAGAUUUCUGUCAUGGCAGACAAAUAAUGCAUAUUACAUCUCUAAAUCAAAGGUACUUUGUGUGUGUUGUUUCUUCUUUUAGUUUUGUACUAAAUGAUACUAAGUAUCAUGUUUUAUACUCUCAGGUGUGGAGCCUAUUCCAGGAUUGUGUUCCUACAAGAGUCAUUAAACCAUUUCUGUUAAACCUUC